AUGUAUCCCAAACAUUUUAAUUUACACGAUUACCCCUCUAAUGCCCUAAAGACCAUGAAGAACAAGAAUGACCAAAAUGUGGAGAUCAAGGACGCGAACAGGAUCGAUGAGAGAGGAAGAGAAGACGAAGACGAAGAAGACAAGAAGAUUGAUACGUUCUUUAAGCUUAUCAAAGACUAUCAGGAAGCACGAAAACGAAGACGGGAAGAGUUAACUGAAAAUUCCGGCGACGCGAGGAAGAAAUCCAACGCCGGAGAGAGGUCCGGUGUUGUAGUUCCGGCGUUUCAACCGGAGGAUUUCUCUCAGUGUCGUACGGACUUGAAGCCAUCGAUGUCAGUUUCGGAUCACAAGCAGGAGAAUACAAAGGUGAAAGAAGAGGAAGAAGACGAAGUAGAAGAAGAUGAAGAAACAGAGAAGGAGCGAGAAGAAGAGAAGGGUUUAGAUCUUAAUCUUGCAUUGUAG